AUGACUGGAGUAGGGGCAGUGGUUGGAAAGUCCCUCUUCAACUUCGCUAUCAAUGACAGAAUAGUCUCUCAGUGUCCUGCCGACAUCUUAGCACCGUCAGGGUGCUCCUUGACUGAUCUUGAGUACGACGAUGAUGUUGUUAUAUUUGCGGAAAGCAGUAUGAAACUUCAACAUGUUGUCAACCUUGUAUCGAAGCUGGCUGCAGCCUAA